AGUUGUUCUAAAAAAUGGCGGUAAAUUCGCACACUGAACCAGAACAGUCAAACCUUACAUUAAAUUUAUCGCCAAAAGAAGAACGUCUCCCAUUUGUGUUCCAAUGCAAAGGAUGUAACAACAUAAUCGGAGAUUCCUCUGCUUUUACUUCGUCCGACCAAGAGCUAGAAGUAAUUUGUCUAAAUGGUAAGUGCCGAAAGUGUGUACAUCAGCGAUCCAUGUUUGCAAUGUAACUUGCAUGUACUCACUUUAUUAAUAUUGAUAUAAGCUUAUGUAGGUGUUUUUACCGCUUUAUAUUAGCUUACUUUAUUAGGAAAUUGAUUCUAAAUCUACAAAACCCAUUGCCGAAAGAGCCCCUUGGAUUUACUUUCUUUCUUGAACGUUCUUGAGGAAAAAAUAGUAAAGCUCCGGUUUGGGUGGGGUGGGAGGGGGCAGGUUUCUUUUACAGGUCACCGAAUAAUUUCCGCUCGAUCAAAAACAACAUUUUGGAUAAGAAUUAGAGUUAGGAGACACUUUUAGUCUUGUUUAUUUAUCUGUAGCACAGUGACCUGUAUUCUGACCUGUAGAAUGUGACCUGUUGAAAAUACCUGCCAUGGGAGGGGGGGAGACUAAUAGGCUCUAGUAAGUAAAGGAAGAUUCCACAAUCCUGGACAAUGCACAAUUCCUCACCUCUAAGCAGCCCUGACAAAAAAAACACUCCCAAGGGAACUUAAUUAGACAUGACAAAUAUCCAUAUGAGGAGAGGGGAGGGGUCAUAAUUGCUAGAAAAUGUACACAACCCCCUUUAUAUCCUUGCUAUUAUUUGUAUACAGCUAUUUCGAGAAAGGUUGUUGGAAAAAAGAGCGCGCGCCAAUCCUGAAAGCUAUUGUGGGUGGUUUUGAGUUCACUGUUCUUCAAAGAAAUUUGAAGGAAUGGCAUGAGAGGCCAUUAAAGUAUGUUUUCAAGUUUUAAAGUAAAGCAACAAAAGUAGGUUCGACAGCUACAGUGUCAGGAACAGUGUAUUGAUCAUGUCCCAUAUUACCUUUCGGGAUUGUCGCGUGCACAUUUUUUCCAACAGCCUUUCUUGAAAUAGCUGUAAAUUUGUGCAAAAUGUUUAACAGCCAUUGGGUUUGAAAUUUUUAUCUCUCAUAGCAGUAACAUCACUUGUAAGCUCUCAAGAGUGUCUGGAAACAUCCACUGAAGGACCAGAUAUGGGAAGGUAAAAUUCUGAGGUGUAUAUGUUGCAGGUCAAAAUAGAAUUUAGGUUUAAAUUUUUUAACCUACAAUCACCUACAAAAAGGGUAACUUAGGAGAACAAAAGAAUCCGUGCCCCUCCCCUGUCCCCUUCAUUCAAAGUUGGGGUGUUUGUUGUUUUCUAUAGGUAACUUGAACAUCGGCUCAACAUUGCAUGUAGGGGAUGGGAGAGGAAAAGCUACAUUUCCUCUUUUAGAAGUUAGUAAAACAUAAAAUAGCCCAGUUUUGGGUGAAGUGUCUCAACUAGUUUUGUCGCUGAUUAUAGGACGAUUCACAGUUUUCUUUCUCCUAGCCCUAAUUCAUGAAUAAUUAGGGCUCGGAGACAAAGGAAAUAAAAAUUAUUGAGAGUCAACCUAGGUUAAAAAAUUUUAACCUUAAUUUACUUUUGACCUGUUAUACAUAUUUCCUGAAGGUCCAAAGAUUGUCACUUUGGAGUAACAUAUUUUCCUUGAAUCUCCUAUGCAGCACAUUUAGGCCUCUACAAUGCAUGUCCUGCAAGUCAGUUAUUGGACGAGUCUAUCGAACUACUCCGCGAGAAUUGGAUCACUUCAGGUAUAGAUAUACGUCUUAGAGGUAACUCAGUUUGCAUUCAGAAUUAGCUACUGUACAUCUGUAUCACAUUAUGAUUUGGGUGAAACUCAUAGUGAGUAAUUACUAACAAUAAAGAAUUUUUUUCUUGCAUUUCAUUCUUAGGGAUAUGUUUUGCUUAGAUGUGGAACAUAUACGAAGGUAAAAAUCUGUUUGAAGUUGGUGUCCAGUCAUGCAUCUUGCAACUAGGGGUUAUUUAUUUCACCACUAAACAAGCUCCUUGUUGAUACAGAUUAUAAAGCUAAAUGUUUAUCUUCCAGUUAUCAAGUGGGAUCUGGAAGUGAAACACAGAGCAUUGCAGGAGAAUCUGAUGAUUUUCUUGAUGUACCAUCAGCUAAGGCCCUUCAAAAUCGAAUUACCAAGGUACACAUUUAUUUUUCUGGUCAGAUUCAGCAGUAUUUCUUUUUCUUCAUUGAAAUUAUUUAACGUAUGGGUUGGGCUAGCUCAUGGUGUACUGUGGAUUUACGUUUGAUAACAAAAGUCAGAUAAUUUAUAUUUAUGAAGAAACUUUUGUGGUAAUUAUAAUCUGAUGUCCAAACCUUUUCACCAUAGUGAUUUCCUUUGUUUUGUCGUAUGGAUUAUUAACCCAUUCACACCUGAAACUCUCGUUACCACUUAUGCAGUUCCUCAUUCCGCGUACCAUUUGUGAUGUCAUCAGUUUUAACAGUCAUAGACAAAUUUGAUCAAAACUCGUCAUAGGGGAAGAGAUCUUUGGAACAAUACCCAAUUUAGAACAAUAAUCUUUUGCUCUCUGUGCAAGAGCAUACUUUGGAAGGUAUUACUAACCUUAUAGAAUCAAGAACCAAAGGCCACAUAAUGCUCAACUUUAAAUAUAAACAACGUUUUGCGCAGUUCUUUUUUGCCAGACAGUGACCAGAAAAUGAUUUAACUAGCUUCGAAAGGCAUUUGGAAGCUAGUCACUUGAAGUGGCUGCAAAAACUUCUAAAAGGCUUGAGCACUGUCCAGAUAAGACCCUUGUCAUGAAUGUCUGAUAUAGCUUCUUUUGCCAUCAGUAAUUCUCUAUAGUUAUUAAUUAUUCUGAUUACUGCAUUGAACAGAUUGAAUGUGUGAUAUUAAUGCUAAUGGAAAGGAUGGGCCUCCAGGAUUUGACUGGUAAAGAAAACAACAGCACCAUGUCUACAAACAGCCAUGUUACAGCAGAAGAACAUGACAACGAGAAGCCAGAAUACAAGCCAAGCAAAAAGAAAAGAAAGUAGAUUGUUCUAACUUGAUUCUGUGCAUGAUAACUACAGGC